AUGCUGCCACAAAGCGCAGUCGAAGACUGUGACGAAUGCACUCCCGACUACCUCAACCCGUCGAGACAAUUUGGCACCAAGGCCGCGUUUUCGACUCUUCCCUUUAUUACGACGUUCGCUUUACUGACUUUUGUCGCCUAUCGCAAAGUCUAUCCCCUCCUCUCAUCCUCACCUCAAGCCUUCGAUGGUCACAAAGGACUUCCCAGGCCGGCGACGUCAUCUGUCGAACCUGCCACGCAGCACCUUGCACGCCGUAUCGCAGCAAGCACAUUUGCCGCUACUAUAGGCUUGUCGGCCGUCCUCACAGAACUGCUCCUUUGUGAAAUAUCCAAUUCGUUCAAUCCUACUGCGAGGACUGUUGCACUUCAGAUUACCGUGGCUAGCCUUCUUGGCCUCCUCGUGGUCGCGAUCCCGCUAUUAGGGAUAUCUUCAGUCGUCGCAAAAUCUGGGUACAGAUUCCGAGGGCAGAAAAGGGCCCAAGUUCGCCUUGCCUGGGUUUUGGAGUUUGCUGGUUAUGCCGCAUUCCUGUUGGCGUUCUGGGCUAUCGGGGCCUUACUACCCUCCUCGGCCAGCAUCAGCGAGAGUCUCAGUCGCCAUGAAGGUUUGUUCCAGGCAUGUCUUGAUAGACUAGCAAUCACCGGCGUGUCGUUCAUGGCACUGUUGUCUGGCUUUGCCUCCGUCAGCGCUAUCUGGCAGUGUUUUGGGCCUAGACCAAGACUUGUCACCGAGAACGACAUCACUCGUAAACAGGCCGGACUAGAUGCCACGCUACACAUGGCUGCGCAGAAGAGAGAACAGCUUAGGGCUCUAGAGCAGAGAAGCCUGGAAAGCCCCCCUGCCAACUUCUGGGGAUGGACGAUUCAGCCCUUCAGAGGGAACCAACAUACUCAGGAAAGAAAGAUCUUGGAGCUCGAAUUAUCAGGGCUGGAAACAAUGUCGUCAGAACUGGAGACUUCACUCUCUAUCAUGCGCUCCCGGCAUGCUACACAGUCCAAGGCGACUACAAUUAUGGGUCGAUUGUCCCUCACGUUCUCCUAUGUCUUUGCCUUGUACUGCGUCUGCCGCAUUUGUACAACCACGGUCAACAUCAUCCAGCGCAUGUUCUCGCGGACUUCCCCAACGUCCGACACAGAUCCAGUCACAUACUCAAUUGCCCUGUUCGCACGGCACGUCUAUCCCUCGCUCGAUCGGGUCUCUUGGGCGCAGCAGAUUUCCUUCCUCCUCUCUGGCGCCAUGUUACUGGCUUCUUUUACUGCAGUAACACAGACAUUCCAACUCUUUGCUCGUUUCAUGCCCGGCGUGGUCCAUGCGACAAGGACCAAUUUUGCCCUGUUGAUCAGUCAAAUCAGUGGGAUGUAUGUUAUAAGUUCUGCCAUCAUGCUCAGGGGUAUGAUGCCCAAGGAAGUAGGCAGCGUGAUCAAUAGUGCACUCGGAGCCGGAUUGUUGGAGCCUGCGUGGGUCCAGAGAUGGUUUGAUGGCUUCUUCAUGUUUGCCGUGUUUGGGACCGCCGGCGGUAUUUUUAUUGGGAGAAAAAUCUCAGGAGGACUGGCCUUUGAUGACGAUAUGGCAUGGGAUGGUGCUCUGGGAUCAGGGAAACAGUCCUGA